CACGGGAUUCGACCUUCGUCAUUCUUUCGUCGAACUGAUGCCGUUUGAAGGUCCUCCAUUUUGUGUUGUUCUCACAAUGGGAACAGCGCAAAGACAGAGGAAAACCAACAACUACGAUAGACAUCGAACUCUUUGCCUGCCAUUUUGGAUAGCUACCGGCAAUUUUCUUAGUUUGCUUUUUGUGUGAAGAUAGAUAGAUCACUUAACUUUUUCAAGAACAAACAUGAUGAGUUUGCGUCUGCUGCCAAUUCGUCGCUCCUUGGGUUCCACGAGGGAACAAUGGCAGUCGGCAAUGACGAUUCCCUAUCGAUACUUUUCCGUCAAGGAAUUGCCGUGGUGUGCUCCCAAGAAUUCACCCAAUCGAAAGAAUACAAACCAUCAAUCGAGAAAGAAGGAUGACAGAACGAACCAAGGACAACCCACCAAAGCUGCUACAACGGCGCAUUCCGACUUACCUGAACCCAUUGACAAGUUUGGAAUUGUGGCGGCCAUGUCCCAAAAUAGAAUUAUUGGUCGGAAUGGUCAGAUACCAUGGCCGCGAUGUCCACAGGAUCGAGAGAUUUUCAAGAAUCUUACCCGUGACAAGCUACUGAUUAUUGGUCGUCGGACCUUUCAAGAAGAGCCAUUGCUGCGACAUAUCCACCAUGUACGUUGGUGCAUUGUGGUGACAGCAUCCUCCAAAUCCAUAACAUCUUUGUUCCAGGACAAACAACAAUAUACUGAUGGUAAUGAGGAUGAUCCGCAAUACAUGUACCAUCCUUAUGCACCCCAGACGCAAUUGCAAGUGGCACCGUCUCUGCCCCAUGCAUUAGGAUUGGCCAGGGAGAUACUACUAGAGGAACAACAAACAACAGCAAGUGCAAUUGGCAAGAUUGACAAUCAGCAACGGCCACAAAACACAAACAUGGAGGAACUUCACUGCUGGGUAGCUGGAGGAGAAAGACUCUAUGAGGAAGGGUUGAAACAUCCAUCUGCGCAGGAAGUUCACUUGACAACAAUGCACCUCACUGUGGAUGUGCAUAACAAUAGCAAUCCUGCUGAGAAUGGAUUGGCUGCGACUAGUGUGAACCAAUUGGCCAUGUUUCCGGCUAAACAUCGCUGGGAUAGACCUUUCAAGCAAGUCAAAAAGGAAGAAGGAGGAGGUCCCUCAGACGAAGCUCCAGAAUCGCCAUACUUUACCUACGAGAUCUAUAAGCGAAUGACAUAGCUAGCUAGUGCAAUGUUUUGCCACAACAGGAUUAAACUCUGGAAGCUGCUGGCUACAGUACCUGGCAGCUGGUUGAAUGCUUCGCUCUUGGAUCUUGUGAUCUGCCACCAGAAAUCUACGUCCGUG